AUGACCUUCCAACUUUUUCAGGUUAAGAUAGGUGAUGGUCAUAUUCGAUUAUGCAAUGUUUACUCUGCCCCUGGCCUAAUUAACCUCUCGGCACUUCCUACACCUACAAACCUUGGCAUGAUCUACAUGGGUGAUUUAAAUGCCAGACACCCAGAUCUUGGUGAUGUCUCUCCGAUUUCCAACCGCAGUGGAGUUCUUCUGCUCAGCUACAUCCAUCGUUACCAUUUAACCCGUUGGGAUACAGGUGGUGCCACACACAUCCGGGGGGGCACUCUUGAUCAUAUCCUUACAUCUGGGCUCGUGGCAUCGCAUGUCUCCUGUCAUUCUGUUCCCUCGCUCUUUUCUGACCAUGUUGCCUUAUGUCUACAGUACACAAUACAGACUCAUCCAAGUGACCCCUAUCAUCGUACCCGCAUCACCAUUCCACCCAAGUACUGCCCAACAUAUGUUUCAUACAUCUCCUCUGUCCUACCUACCUUUGAUAAACACUCUCCAGAACACCUGUAUAAUUCUUUGGUAAAAGCUACCCAUGACUUCUAUCAACUAUAUAUUGUCAGACCUCACAUUAAAAGUCAUCUUGUUGCCCAUGCCUGGACCUUGGAUCAACGCAUUAUGCAAGCAGAGAGAGUUGCGGCCGAUGCUGGCCUUGCCUUUCAGACACAACCGACACCUAAUCAUCUACUUCAAUAUCAGCAGGCAAGGGAUGAUUUGGUUGCUCUCCAGAAGUGUGUCUACACUGAGUCAUGGUAUAAAUACAUUGACCUAAUUAACCACCAGACUAGUGUUGGGACCAUGUGGCAUCUCAUCAAAAGGACUGUCAAGAAAAAAACCACAUGUGCACUUCAUCACAGUCCACAAGCAUAUGCCCAGGAUCUCAUUACUACUUGGUCAACCCAGUCACGGUCCAGUAAUCUCCCUGUACAAAUCCAAGAAGCUCUUUCUUCCCAGAGCAAUUUACGCAACCUUUGUCUGAUGGCUUCAUUGUUGGAAUCAGAUAAGGAGGACAAAGAGCUGAUCACCGAGGAUGAGCUGCGACGUGCUGUUAUGGGAAAAAAAAAUUCUGCUCCUGGAGAAGAUGGCCUUACUUAUCAAGUGCUUCGUCUCCUCCAGAAGGUUCCUGGAAAUCCUCUUCUACAAUUGUAUAAUCUUUGCUACCAACAUGGAUAUGUACCUGCUGGCUGGACCAUUAGCACAAUUAUUCCUAUCCCAAACCCUGGAACUGAUAAAUAUCGGCCUAUCUCCCUCACCUCAUGUUUUAGUAAAGUGUUUGAGCGUAUAUUACUAACCAGGCUAAUGUACCGGUUACAAGAAAAACUUUCUCCCCAUUUGUAUGGCUUUCUUCCACAGAUGAGUACUCAUCACUGUUUAGCUGAACUCUACUCCCGAUUGUCCUCCAACAGUGUAGUUGCCUUCCUUGACCUCAAAAGUGCUUUUGAUAUAGCCAACAGGGAUAUCAUUCUUGAUCAGCUUGUCGAAUUUGGUGUCAGAGGAAACCUUCUGAAGUGGAUAAACGGUUAUCUCAGUAACAGAAAAUCACGUGUUUUUUUAAGGGUGCAUGUAGCUCCUAUGGAAAUUUUGAGCUUGGCACACCUCAGGGCGGUGUAUUGA